AUGGCUCUGCUUCUGCUGAUUGCGUUCAUAAUUGGGGCGCUAACUGUUGUUGUCAUGGAGGCAGCUGGACUCUGGUUUCUGAUUCGCUUUCUCAAUCGGAAAGCGGAGAGGAAGGAAAUUAAAGCCAAGGAUGCGGCAUCUGUUUCUUCUCCCGGUGACCUCAACCCGUCGUUAUCCAACAAGCAGGGGCCUGUUUGGAUUCUAGUACAUGAUAAAGUUCUCAAAUCAGGGCUUGAGAAAAAGGAAAUCUUGGAGGUCACGCCUGUCAAAAAAUCUGCAAGAAUAAGAGAUCAUUGUCUUAUACUGAUGGAAUCAGAUGGUUCCUGUGUAGAAAUUUCGCUGAGAGGCUGCACAAUUGUUGCCGUUUCGGCUACAAGCUUGUCUUCAAGAAAAUGGGCUAAAAGGUACCCAAUCAAGGUGGAGAGAAAGGAUUCAGCUGUAUAUAGAGGACAUAAAAUUAUUUAUAUAUAUCUUGAGACAUCUUGGGAUAAGGAAUCCUGGUGCAAAGCCCUUCGUCUGGCUUCCUGUAACGAUAAAGAGAAAAUUGCAUGGUUUUCUGAGCUAAAUGCGGAGUUUCACUCUUACCUGGCGUCACUGAAUGCAGGAUAUCCUUCAUUCAUGAAGCCAUAUGGUGGUUCAAAUACUGAAUCUAUAGACAAGUUGAUUAAGUUUGACAAUUCUUCAUCGAAGGUUCGUCAGUUUCUGAAAAAACUUACGAAGAAGGCUUCUAAAAGUGGGCAAGACUAUAAAGCUAGUGGGGCUUCAACAUCAGGCCACGAAGAGACAAAAGUUAAUCAAAAUUCUCGUUCGUUCCAGGAUCUAUUCCUGAUAAAUGAUAUAGCUAAAGUGGACACUGCAGGAAAAAUUCCCGGCAUAAUAUCUGAUGAUGCUAGCGUUACAUCAUCAGUUUCCUCUGCCAUUGAGAGUGGGAUCGAAAACCAUUUACCUCAAAUUACGGAUGAAGGAACCUUGUGCAUUAACGUGUUAAUUUCACGGCUAUUCUUUGAUGUCAAGAGCAGUUCUCAGAUUAAGACUUUAAUACAGAAUCGUAUACAGAGAGCAUUAUCUAAUAUGCGAAUCCCCAGUUACAUCGGUGAGGUCAGUUGUACAGCUGUGGAUCCUGGCAAUCUGCCACCGCAUAUCCUUGCAAUGAGGGUUCUCCCAUCAAAUAUGGAUGAAGUGUGGUCCUUGGAAAUUGAUCUGGAGUAUCAGGGUGGCAUGGUUUUGGACUUUGAGACAAGGCUUGAAAUUCGAGAAUUAGAAUUAGAAGGAGGUGAAACUAGCUUUGGUAUGAACAAUGCUGGCGAGGCCACCUCUGAUCUGCUGAAAGGUUUUGAAGAUCUUGGGGAACAAUUGAAGAUUUCUGAGGAGACACCUAUGGAUAUUAAACAAAAGGAUGAAAUAUACCAUGGGAAAGACAAGGCUGAAAACCCCAAGGGUACUGCACAGGCAUCAUCUCAAGGAUCUAGAUGGAAGUCUAUGUUACAUUCUAUCUCCAAACAAGUGUCACAGGUCCCUCUUGCCUUGGGAAUAAAGGUUUCUUCUCUUAGUGGAACUAUGCGGUUGUGCAUGAAGCCUCCACCUUCAGAUCAUAUAUGGUUUGGGUUUACUUCUAUGCCUGACAUUCAGUUUAACUUGGAAUCUUUUGUUGGAGACCACAAAAUUACGAAUGGACAUCUUGCUUUGUUCCUCAUCAGUCGAUUCAAGACUGCUAUUCGUGAAACUUUGGUGCUUCCGAAUAGUGACAGUGUUGGAAUCCCUUGGAUGUUAGCAGAGAAAGAUGAUUGGGUCCCAAGGAAAGCUGCUCCUUUCAUGUGGUAUAAAAACAAUCAAGACUCGAUUGCAGCCAAUAAUAAUAAUACCACAAAACAAGGUAUACCACGGUGCUUCACUGGGGAAGCUCAAGCUACACAACAAGGUGGAGCCGAAGCUAACAUUAAUACAAAUGCGUCAACUCGAUCAUUACCAAUGUCUAAUGAGAAAACCAAAGACGUUGAGGGUUGUAUAUCGGAAGCAAUUGGUGAAUAUUCGGAUGCUUGUGCAUCAUCAUCGAGUUCAAUGGAUGAGUCAACAUUUAAUGAAAAUUGUUCCCAAGAAAUCAGAGCCCCUUUACUAAACAAGGAUAAAUCGCAAGAAUUUGGCACGAUAGAUGAUGAUAAACCAGAUAAGCACCUACAGUCUCCUUCACAAAUCUUUGUAGAGGGACAAACACAUAACUCGGACGAUGAAGAGUCAAGAAUGAGGAGGAUAGGGACUAGAGAACGUAUGCGUGGAUUGGGGAAGAAAAUGGGAGAGAAACUUGUGGUCAAGAGGCGUCACUUGGAAGAGAAGGGAAGAAGUUUUGUGGAGAGGAUGAGGGGACCAUCAUAA